AUGUUGUCAGCUCGUCCUGUUUUACGUAGUGCUGCUCGUUCAGUUGCUGCCGUUUCUAGAAACUUACGUGUCGCUCGUCCAACUCAAUUAGCCGCUAGAUGUUAUGCUUCUACUAAGGCUGCACCAACUGAAGUUUCUUCUAUCUUAGAAGAAAGAAUCAGAGGUGUUUCUGACGAAGCCAACUUAAACGAAACCGGUAGAGUUUUGUCUGUUGGGUAUGUAUACAUUGAACACUGA